AUGCAACGGCACAAUGUCCCCGAGAUAGAGGCUGCUAGUUCUCCAGAAGUUCUACUCAACCCGCUCACGGUCGCACGGAAUGAGAACGAGAAGGUCCUAAUAGAACCGAGUGUGAACAGCGUGAGAGUUAGCAUAAGGAUCAAGCAGGCCGACGAAAUUGAGAACAUCCUGGUUCACAAGUUCACCCGAUUCUUAACCCAAAGAGCGGAGUCUUUCUUCAUCCUGAGACGCAAACCUGUCAAGGGUUACGAUAUCUCUUUCCUGAUCACCAACACACACACCGAGGAAAUGCUCAAGCACAAGCUAGUCGAUUUCAUCAUUCAAUUUAUGGAAGAAGUCGACAAGGAGAUAUCCGAAAUGAAGUUGUUUUUGAAUGCAAGGGCCCGGUUUGUGGCUGAAUCUUUCUUGACUCCGCACGCAAGCGACCAACUGUGGCAGGUCAAAGCCACAGACUCCCUCUCUCUGGGCAAGGAGGUCGUUGCCAUCGAUGAAGGAACUCUGACCCCGAAGCUCACGUGA